GCUCCACAUCUACAUCCUCCCUGCACAUUCAGACGAAGAGGAAGAGGAGGAAGUAGGAGUCCACACAGAGAUGGUGUCCACGGCAAACCUUUGAGACACCAGCCUGCAGACGCCCCCCACGCCACCCCCUCACGCAUGGACGACGCCAGACACGACACCAAGCCCGGGGAUCCGCAAGUCAACCCAGAGGCAAAGAAAAUGGGGAAGGGCGGCCUGGAGGUGUGCGAGGGAGGGAAGGAAGGUGUAGGGUCAGCCGAGGUAACAGAAAACGGCACCGCUGAAACUCCACUUAUAAAGGCAGAGACAGAGACAACAGGGAAGAAGGAGGAAGGGGGAGAGGAGGAGAAGAAAAUGACGAAGGAGGGAGAAGAAGACGAAGCAGGAGGAAAAGGAGGAAAAGCAGGAGACAGCCCAGAAAGGAGGAAAGACCAGAAUCAAAACACAAACACAACAGAGAAAGUGGAGGGAAGAGGCGUAGGCGUCGGAGGAGGAGGAGCAACAGCAACGGCAGCCAAGGAGGACAAUGAAACAACGCAGGAAGAUGAGGAGGAGGAGGAAGACGAAGAGGAAGAUGACAUGUUUGGGAGCCUGUCAGCCUUUACAGGGGAGGUCCUCAGCACGCUAGGCACCCCCGCUGACCCCCUGUCGUCCGAGGAGAGGAGUCCGCGCCCCCUGUCACUGAACGGCUCUGACCUCACCUCCACCAUGAGACUCCUGCAGGAUCUAAUGACCUUUGACGAGGACGAUCCGGAAGUUACCUUUUGCCCCGGGCCGCUGGACGGACAGGGUCGCUUGGCCAUCAUGUCCCACCUUCUGGCGGCGCUGGUCACCACGCUGGACGCCCAACACCUGCGCCGCCUGGCCUCACGCAUCAUGUCCGACACCUGCCUUUGGGUCUCUCGGCUCUUCAGGCACUUCGAGUCAACGGCGUACAUCCACGAGGACGUCCGGGAAGGUGUGGUGCGGGUGUGUCGUAUGCUGCUCCACGCCCGCUACCCACGCCUGGCCUCCGAGGGCUUCCAGGCUCUCUACGCCCGCCCACCCGUCAUCUACACCACCUCCACUGCCCGCCCUGGCCUCCCCACCCACCUCGCUAACAUGCUUGGUCUGGGGUCUGGGUGUGUGCGCGUGGUCCCCUGCAACUCUGUGGUGGGGUCGCCGCUGGCCAUGGACGUCGCCGCCCUCGACCGCAUGAUGGUGGAGGACUCGGCCGCACAGAAGAAGCCACUGCUCGUCAUUGCCAACGCUGGUGGCGGUGCACUGGGCGGCGUGGACAGUGUGGGGCGCAUUCUGGAGCUGUGUAACGCACAUGACGCCUGGCUGCACGUGGAGGGCCAUGCACUGGCGGCCCUCACCCUGCCCAACACACCCAACCUGCCGGCCAAGAUUGGAGACAGUAUGACACUACCACUCUCCCUCUGGCUGGGCAUACCGUCGCUGCCUUAUGUUACUCUGUACAAGGCCCAGGAGACGUCCGCCGUACACUCAGCCGGCCUCACCGCCCUCAGUCUGCACACCCGUCUAUCAUGUCUUCCCCUGUGGACCACGCUCAUGACGCUAGGCCAGAGUGGCGUAGUGUCGCGGUUCCAGCAUGCCUUCGAGAUGAGUCAGCACCUCCAGCUCCACCUCAGCACACUGCCCAGGAUAAGGCUGCUGAGCCCAGCACCACUUGAAGGCAGCAGAAUGAUCAGUAUCCAGGACCUGGUCAACAAGCCAAUCAGCACAGCACAACUCCUGGAGACGGUGAGCGGCUCGGUGGUGUUCCAGUACGUUGAGGAGAUCAGCGGCGGCAGCGGCGGUGGUGUGGCAAUCCCCGGAAAGAACUCGGACUAUUAUGACAACCUCAACUCUUGGCUGGGGCAGGUGGUCCGGCGCGACGUGGGCACCAUCCCCCUGGAGUUGGUGCAGCUGGAGACGGCCGGGCUGGUGCUGCGCUGGAGUCCCCUGGAGGGCCCCGACACACACCACAUCACCCUGGCCGACCUGGACCACCUCAUUGACUCCCUGCAUCACCAGCUGGACAUCCUCAACGCCACAGUGGAGCAGCGCAAGACCUUCACGGAGCUGGUGUCCUCGGCCACCAACCUGCAGCUGGUGGAGAUCCCGGGCUGGGCGGGGCUGGGCGGGGUGCGCUACCUGGCGGACCUGUGGCUGGACCAGGACACCUUCACCCCGGCCAACAGGGCAGACAUCAACGCCCUCAAUGUCCACCUCGUGUCGCAGCUCAAGGCCACGGAUUCAGCGUUUUCGCUCACAACGCGGGGCAGUGCGAGCGUAGAGCGAGCGUCCUGGGCCGAGACGGAAGCAAAUUUAACCCUUUUACAGCGCGGUGCUUGCCUGCCUCUUGGCGAGGGUGCCGAUGGGCUGAACUGUGUGCGCUUCGGCAUGGUGACGGCGGAAACCGAUCUCUCCGACCUGCUGUCCCUCGUCAUAUCCACCGGCAAGGAGAUCGAAAAGUCCUCGCGCUUCCUGGACCAGAUGACGGACAUUGUUAGGAAAGGCAUUGAGGCAGCUACCGAGGACCUGAAGAGGGAGAACGAGGAGCGGCUGUGGCAGGAGGGCAUUCUCCGACACGUCCCCAUCGUGGGUUCUGUCUACAACUGGUUCUCGCCCCCGCCACCGCCAGGCAUCAAGGGCCGCACGCUGGACCUCACGGCGGGCGUCCUGGAGAGCACCGAGAAUAUCUACCGCUACCAUAUGCAGAUCCGCCAUGGGACAGCCCCCACACGCGCUGAGACCAAGCUUCCCCCCGCCCCCUCAAUCCAGACCCCAGUGACCCCGAGUGCCUCCUCCCCCUCGCACUCCCGCUCCUCCUCCACCACCUCCGCCCUCACCCCCGGCUCCACCCACUCCCGGAACGCCUCGGAGAACCAGCCAGUCAUCCCACAGCAGGACGGCAAAAUGGCAGCAGUCUCGGCCAAUGGGGUCCCGUCGCCUCCCCUCCCGGUUGCUGUCCAGGGCCAGUAGAGAGGCAGCUUAGGGUGUCGGUGGUUACUGUGGCACCCGUAAGGUUGGAGUGCCGUCAGUCGUGGAAGUUAUACAAAUAUACAUAUACAGACGAGU